AUGAAUUGUAUAAUAAGGCAAGGGGCUUUAAAAAUUGGCUGUUGCAGCGGUUAUACUGUGGUACCAAAGAACGACCCCUUAUCUUUAUUAGCAUUAGCACGCCAGUUAGAUGUAGAUAUUUUGUUAUGGGGCGGUACUCAUAAUGUCGAGGCUUACACCUUGGAGGGGAAGUUUUUUGUGAAUCCAGGCAGUUGUACGGGAGCCUUCAAUACGGAUUGGCCCAUUAUAUUUGACGUUGAAGAUAGCGAUGAAGCUGUAACAUCAGGGGUGGAGGAAACUAAGGAGGAUGAACCCAUACAACAAAAUGAUGUAAUCAGGGAAGAAUCGAUGGGGAAAGAACAAUCUGGAUCUGACAUAACCAGAGAUAAUGCAAUCGAAGAGGAUGGCGCUGACGUGAAAUUGGAGAGCCAAUUUAAAGAAGACGAGGUCAAUAUAUCAGAUUUGGAUGUGAAAGGGUCUAAUUCGCCAAGUUUCUGUCUGCUGGAUAUUCAAGGUACCAUUUGCACGUUAUACAUCUAUCUUUAUGUUGACGGUGAAGUGAAGGUCGAUAAAGUGGUUUAUGAAAAGGAAUAG